UAACCAUAUGGCUCGAAAAAGCCCUUCUCCUUCAAAACGAUUCAUAAGUUUAACUGGAAGUGCACAAUUGACUAUUAAAUUGACAGCAAAAUUCUAUUUUCUACGAUAGGAUAACUUCACAAAGCUUCCUAUCUAAUGGAGAAAAUGUAUUUCUGUUGAAGAAAAGUACGUACAAAAAUAAGACACUCCAUUUGCAUUGGUAUCUAUCACCAAUAAAAUUGUGUACAAAAAUUCCGAUUUAUAUUUCAAUGAUUUUCCUACAUUACACUUUUUUAUAUACUAUUGUGAUCAAAAAAUAGUCAGACUUUCGUUUAAAAAUUUAAAUCGUGUGGGCUUGUCGGAACGAUUUAAUUUUUUUUUUUUUUGUUAAGUUGGUAACAUUAUGAAACAUCUAUGUCAAACUUUAUGUUAAUAUCUGCAACAGUUGUUGAGAUUCGCUCGUUUAUUUCAACCUAAAAAAGUGCUUUCGGCAAUAUUCAGAACGUGUGAAAGAGCGCAGAAUUUGUAUUUUAUUUUUAUUUUGUAAUUUGUUUUAUUUUUAUUUUGUAAUUUGUAUUUUAAUUUUGCUACAAAAAUGGAAUUUUGGCUUCCGACACAUUGUAAAUGUCAUGAAGGGUCUUUGGAGAUAAUACACUGUCCAGAGCAAGUGUUUUUGAUUGGUAUCAAUUAUUCAAAGAAGGCAGAGAACGCGUUGAAGAUACGUCGAACGUCCUGGGUGUCCUUCGAAUGAAGGAUUAUUGUUAAUGAGUUAAUGAGAUAACUCGUCUCGAGCUCUUUCCUAUUUAAAAAGCUCGUGCUCGUGCUCGAGACGAUUUAACUCGUCUCGAGCACGAGAAGAACAAAAUAAUUUGACGAGUAUACUCGCGCAGAGCACCGUAAAGGUUAAUUUUAAUACAGUACCAUGAAAAAAAUUGACUUAAGGAUUAACAAAGGAUUAAAUAAAUAAAGCGUUCGACUCGUCUCUCGAACGAUACAAAACGCAACAUAUAAAUCAUUACUUAAAAACGAUCGAAUAAUUACCAACCACCGGAUAUUUCCUCGAGAACCUCUCGCGUAAUCAUCCAAAAACCGCACAUCUUUCGGUAACACUAUCGCAGAAAACUCGAAGGACAGGACUCGAAGGAUAGUCGUUGAUCAUCCCGAUGCAACUCACCGUUGCGUCCUCGGUGCUGCCACUUCCUCGCGAGACUAUCCCAGUGCUAUUUUUUCCCCUGACAAUCUUUAAUCUUCCAAUUCGUUGUACGCGUGAACGGAUAAACAAAUCUUUGAACAUUACGAUGGAAAGAGAGACGAACGAACAAACGAACGAACGAGCGAACGAACGAUUGACGGAUCGGGAAAGCUCGAUCUAAGCGCACCUACGAACGAGGAGUCCGUGACUGGUGCGUGGGCGGACUGGCGAGUCUCGUGGUUUCGAAAGUAUCGACCAACCGGCGUGAAAUCGUAAAAUGGUCCCAACGAUGGAUUGGCCGAGGAAACCGCGGAAAGGCGGCGACCAAUGUUUCUCGGUCUUCGAAAAGGAUUCCAACCGCCAGUGAUAAUCUCUGAGCCUAAGCGGCUUCGUCGGCGACCAAUCGAGAAGAUCCUCUCGGCUGGCACAGGGCCGCCAUGCUGCUCCCGCGGGUUCCUAAUUUAGAGUUCAAUUAGCGCCUCCGGAGCACAGGAGAACCGUACCGUGGCAUCGAUUGGACGGUUCUUCGGAGGGAACCGUCGCGGAACGAAAGAAAAAAAAAAGACAUCGAACGAAGACGACGAUACGUCAGCGGAACGAUCGUCCCCUUUCCCUUACUUUUCUUACUUCCUCCACCUAGUCGAGCCCUUGGAAUUGUCGAUAUACGAGGAUUACAGAAGAUACAGAGCUAAGCAAAAAGAGCGUGAAGUCUGUUCCGAGACUCGGUUGCAGAGGCGAACGAGUCGGAAGAUAGUCGAGGAACAGGGACCAUGCAGCCAGCGGUGGCGACUAAGCCCGGUUCUCCGACGCGUUCGUCCUGUUGCGAAAGGGAACGGGAAAGAGAGGCUCGCGAAGAUCGCGAACGCGAACGCGAUCGCGAUCGCGAACGCGAAUGCGAACGCGAACGCAGCACCGUUGGACGACAAGGACAAGCGACUCCCGACGACGAUCGCGAGGAACAGAACGAAGAAAGGCAGGCGAUAUCGGGCCAGAAUAUCGCCGCUAUGACUAUCGGCCGAAGUCAGGGAUUACCUUUGUCCCUGUCCCUCGAGGACAGGGAUUUGUGGACCAAGUUCCAGUGUCUCACCAAUGAAAUGAUCGUCACGAAGAACGGGAGACGAAUGUUUCCAGUUGUCAAGAUAGUCGCGCGGGGAUUAGAACCAAAAGCCAUGUACACUCUUCUUCUUGAAUUCGUCCAAGUGGAUCCGCACAGAUGGAAAUACGUAAACGGCGAAUGGGUCCCAGGUGGAAAGGCGGAAGUCGCUCCACCGAAUCCGAUUUACAUCCACCCGGAGAGUCCGAAUUUCGGAUCCCAUUGGAUGAAGGAGCCGGUGUCGUUCGCCAAAGUGAAGCUGACGAACAAAUCUAACGGGAACGGACAGAUUAUGCUCAACUCGCUGCACAAAUACGAGCCACGUGUUCAUUUAGUGCGCGUGGACGCAGUGGAGCAACGAACGGUUCUUACGUACCGAUACCCUGAGACACAGUUCAUAGCAGUGACGGCUUAUCAGAACGAGGAAGUGACGAAUCUGAAAAUCAAAUACAACCCUUUCGCUAAAGCGUUCCUCGAUGCCAAGGAAAGACCUCCCGAUCCGCAGACUUAUCCCCAAUACACAGGUGCUUGGUUUUUGCCACAACCUGGUAUGGGCUACGAGUACAACACCGCUACAGCGAUCGCAGCUGUCCAGAAUCAAGCGUCAGCGACAGUCAAUAAUCAUCUCUCGAAUACGUGCACAAUUUCUACGGUUGGCCAUAGAAAUACUUGCAGAUCGACGCCUUACACGCUCAGGCAUAAGUACAUUCAAGAUGAACAAAGGACGGAUCCGUAUAGUCCAGUACAGCUGUUACACUCGACGGCGUACGUGACAGCAUCGGGAUGGUCACCGCGAAGUCCGGAAUCUCUUCAAAACCCAAGUCCGGCGUGUUUGCCGCCUAGCCAAGAAUGGGCGACGUCGCCUUCGCCAUCGCCAACUUCUACCUCGCAUGGAGUAUUCGGCAGAAACAGUUUGGGAACACCCUCGUCGACCACAGCUACGGCUACCGCAACGGGAUGCGCUUUCUACGUACCGACCAACGUAUCUUCAGUUCCUCAAGAACACGGUCAUUGCACGGACACUUCGACUUGGAUUCACCCCACCACCCUUUCGGAACAACAACACCAACAGCAACAAUCUUAUUUAAACUUGAAUCUACACUUGCAUCACCAGAUGUCAUCGUACGGUCCAGUUUCACACGGCGGCUUGCAUCACUCUUUGCAUCCAAACGGGAUGGACGGCACGGUUCCUCCGGUCGACGAGUACGUUCACGAGUAUCAGGCGACACCUGUCCAAUCAACGACACCGGACCGUCAUCAGCAACACCAUCAUCCCCAAAUGCUGCAUUUACAACCGAUUCAACAGACCGGGACUGUAUCUCCUGUCAGCGUAGAAUACGAUACUCCUCCGAAGGAGCAUCAUAUACCGGUCAGUUACCCCGAUCAAAAUACGAAUACGCUAAACGAUGUACAGUCGGACGAGAACAGAAGAUACUUGACAACGGUUAUCGAUAGACAUCACCAUCAAGAGUCAGACAUUCCAACAAACGAUCAUCAAACCGCCGCUUGGACACCAUUGACACCACCGCCUGCUCCCCAAACUACGGCGAUUUGAUUCAAGUAUGUGAUACAACUGCGACUAGUUUUAUUUAUACUACUUAGCUACCUAGCUAUUCGGACGUUUCUACAUUUCUUUUUAUAGUUAGACGAUUAAACGGAAAUUGAAACCGACGCGUAAAAUAAAUAUCAAAUUGUACACAGUGUCCGUUUAAGUGCAAUACGAACAGUACGAUAGACUUUUACUUGGACAACCCUUACACGACCAGACCUUUCAGCCGAAAAAACGAAUGCCAAUUAUCGUUUAUCGGUUCUUCCUACAAAUAAUCUAUGCAUGCAUAUGUAUAGGAACCUAUACUGUAUCUUCGUUUUUAACAACACCGAGAGAAACAGCUUUAACGAUUCAACGAUACUUCCAAAUUAAAUAAAUAAUUUGGCCAAGUAGUUAAAGUAUGCAUUCGCAUAUACAAUUGCGCAGACAGAUUAACAAAUUCGGAUAAAUACGAUCAACGAAAAUGUUCUUUAUAAUAAAUUUAUACGGCUAAUGAAAAUGUAAUAUUUAUAUAGCAUAAAGAAAUGGUAAAGAUCUACUUGUACCACAUAAAAACGUUAAUUUAAUGAUAUGUGUGCUGUAAACGAAAUCGAAAUUCAAAAUAAAAUUAACGAGAGAAAGACUGUUUAAACGAUUACUGGGAUGAUAAGAUAAAAAAUACAUUUAGUCGGACAAAAAGGAAUGAUCGCGUAAUGUGUCGAUGAUCUAUUUACCGGCAGACUGUUUUUAUCUGAAGAUAGAUCAUCCGAGAAUGCGAUCGGUCGAAAUAGGGCCGAGUAACCGAAAGUCUACCGUACGUAUAGAUAUAUCAAAUUAUCGUUAAGUAUAGAAUACAACACACAAGAUCGAGAUACGAAAAUUACAUUGAUACCACGCGAUAGAAGAGAAAUAGCGUUUAACGUUUCUAAUGGGAUUAAUUAAACGGUUUGUACAUUUUAUUUUACAAACUGUUUCAAUAGUAAUCGAUGUGUUUUGCAAUCGAU